AAUCCGUCACCAUGGUCGUCUACUACCAGAUCGCCGGCAAGAAGGUCGGCUCUCACUAUCUCGCCAUGGGUGUUCUCGGUGCCCUCUUCGGUGGUGUCAAGCUUGCCAUGGGCGGUGGCAGCCAGCCCAAGCCCGCUACUCCUCCUAUCCAGGCUUCCUCUAAGGACGAGGAGGAAUUCAUCACGUACGUUGCCGAAGCCCCUAAGCAGGCACAAUGCACACAUAUUCCCAUUCUCGAAAUGGCGGCCCUUCAAGACGAUCGGAUGCAACUUCAGCUGCUUGAGCUGCGGAAAAGCGGCGGAGGCAGCGGCUUGUGAAAGAUACUCGCGAAGGGCUGGAUGCCACUCCCUGUCAGCCCUCAGCUGCUUGAUCAGCUAGGGGCCUGCAAUUCAGAUACAGGGUGCACCCAACUACUGCAACCGCGCUCGAGCUAACGAAUUGGCUACAGGGACUUCCUGAAGCAGGUGAACGGAGACGACAAGAAGAAGGACCAUUAAAGCCGAUGUAUCCCAUGCUAGAGUCGAG